AUGGUUUAUUCACCAUCAAAAGGUUCCGUUUCCUGCAUUCCGUGUAUGAUAUUUGACGAGUCGGAUAACAGAGGCGCAUUUUCAAACGGUUUCAAUGACUGGAAAAAUGUUAAUCAACGUGUAAAAGACCAUGAAAACAGUUUUAACCAUAAAAACAGUUCAGAAAAACUAAAAAUUAGGAGUUUUUUAAAAGGUCGUGUUGAUGUUAGACUUAUCGAAGCUCUAGAACUUGGAGUUCACUAUUGGAGGGAGGAGCUGUAUAACUUUUUUAGCGCUUCACCACAUAGAUGGAUUAUUUUGACGAGAAAUUGUGCAUUAACGAUGCAAAACCUUUCAAAGACUUUGUGGUUUGCUCGUCACAACGCCUGCCGAGCUGUUAAUGAGAGCAGAGAAGAAAUUUUAAAAAGUUUAGACGAAAUCGCUAGUGACUGUGAUGAGAGGCACUCCACAAGAAAUGAAGACAGGACUAUAAAUGAAAAAUAA